AUGUCGCUGAAGGGAAAAAUCGCUGUUAUUACCGGCGCGUCGAUGGGCAUCGGCGCUGCGACUGCCCGUCGAUUUGCUCGAGAAGGAGCGAGUUUGGCGUUGCUCGCUCGAUCCAAAGACAAGUUGAUGCAGUUGGUCGAAGAGCUGCAGAGCGUGCCAGGCUCCGGUCGUGUCGUGUACUUCUCGUUCGAUGUACGGGACAGCAACGCGCUGGCGACAGCUAUGACUGACACGGUCGAGCAAUUGGGCGGACCCGUUGACGUUCUGAUCAACAACGCUGGUCUCGCACUCGGUGCACCGGCAUGCUUUCAAGACCAGUCGAUAGGCGACAUCUCCAUGAUGGUGGGGACCAACGUAAGCGGUGUGCUCUUCGCUGCGCAUGCGGCACUCAACCAGGGCGGUAUGUUCGCACAGAAGCGAGGUGUGAUCGUGAACGUGACGUCUGUGACUGCGCUGGAGGCUCCGCCGUUCCCUGGUGAAGCUGUGUACCAUAUGGCCAAGGCGGCGCAGGAGGGAUUUUCAAACUCGCUUCGCAAUUAA